AUGAGGUCGGGCCGAGGACUUGGCCUUCUGGCGCUGGCGGCCCAGGCCGCUGCUCAGUUUCCUAGCCCUUUUGGGCUUCCAUACUUUAUCCCUUGUGCUGGAUACCUUUACAAAGGAGGCAAUGUCUGCCCCUCAGACGCCUUCUGCUGGUUCAUUGGAAUCCAGGACUGGGCCCUCUGCGCGCCGUGCUCGAGGGACCCGUCCCGGUGCCCAGGGCAGCCGCAGCCGCCGCAGCCGCCACCCAACCCCUCCGACGUGCUGUCGACCAUCGACUUCUUCGGCAACCCCAACUGCGGCGGGUCCCAGGUGACCUUCACCAACACGGGGAGGGGCGGGGGUUUCAGCGAGGGCGGGUGCAAUUACAUCCCCGACAUCUUUCGCAGCGCCCGCGUCGCCGUCCUGGCGAACGGCUGCACCGUCGAGAUAUUCACAGACACGGGUUGCAGCAGGGACCGCAUCGUCGCGCGCACUGGCCAGUGUCUCAAUGCGAAUGGCAACUGGGCCAGCUACAGAACGUCCAACUGUGCUCGCAAGGUAUGA